GACUUUCAAGAUGGCUCUGCGCUCUGACGAACCCUGCGAUGGGCCCAGCGAAGAGGACAUGUGGCGCAAGCAGCAGAAUCAAAUCGACGACAGUGACAUAACAAUCGAUGGCGUUACCUACAAGAAGCACGACGCGAUGUAUCCCGAGGUCCUCGCGAAGUUCGCGGCGGCCAUGGAGGCCGCAACGGCAAAGAUCCCUCCCCAGGUCCUCGCGGACCUCGCCGCCGCGAGAGCGGAGAUGGUGGAUGCGGAGAGGGCGUGCGACUCCAAGGCCCAUGCGCGCGCGGCGUUCAAGUACAAAGAGGUCUGCGACCAAGCCGCGCGCGACGGCUAUCUACCCGAGGACCCGGCCGUGGACGCGGCCGCCGCGGCGCGCGCGGCCGCCGCGGCGCGCGCGGCCGCCACGGCGCGUGCGGCCGAGGAGACGCGCGCGGCCGAGGCCAAGGCGCGCGCGGCCAAGGCGCUCGCGGAGGCCGCCGCGCGCGGAAAUUCGAAAGCGACGGACGGCCGUCGGAAGAAGGUCGCCGCCGCGCCGCCGCCGGCGCUCGAGGCCUCGGCGCUCGCCUACGCGUCCGCGACGGCCCUGUCGGUCAUGGGCAUGAUCCUGACGACCUACGCCAUCUACCUCGCCAAGGGCGAGGGGCCCGCGUUCCUGCCGUGCAUUUCGAACACGUGGGACCGCGCGCCCGGGACGUACGUCUCCCGCUGGGUGCUCGGCAACGCCUGCGCGCUCUUCUACGUCGUCCAGGUCAUGAUGUUCUUCACGUCCGGCGACGGCAAGGCCUGGCGCUGGGCGUCGCUCGCGCUCGGCGUCGGCGGCGUCUUCUGCCUGAGCUGGGUCGGGUCGAUCUGCGAUUCCGCGAACCCGGACUGCGAGGGCUACGACCCCGUGCACAGCGCCUUCGCCGUGACGUUCUUCGUGCUCUACGACGUGAAGAUGCUCGUCGUGUCCCUCCGCGAGCGGCCCGGCCUCGUCGGCCUCGCGGUCGCGUCGUGCGUCUGCACGGCGCUGCGCGCCGCGCCGCCCGGCCUCGACGUCACGCCGAACUGGGCCCUCGCGGUGUUCGAGUGGUCGAACGUCGGCCUCGUCUGCGCGUGGACCGUGCUCCAGGUGCGUUGUACCUGCGGCCGCGCGGGCUGGCGCCUCGGCAUGACGUCCUCGGACGACGCGGACCUCGUCUGGGGCCUCUCGGGGCGGACGUGCGCGCGCGCCUGCGCGGCGCUGUACCUCGGCACGCUCGCGGGGUCCGCGGUCCUCGGGCUCUGGGUCGGCUACCUGCCCGUGGAGCCGGGCGUUUUGUGGUUCAUCUCGGACAUGUGGGCGCCCAUUCCGGGCAACUGGCUCUCGCGCUGGGCCGUCGUCCUCGGGACGCACUUCGGCUACGUCGCGCACGCGUCGUUCUACAUGGCGACGCCGCCGACGUACACGCUCCGGCGCCGGGGGCUGGCCAUCGCGCUCGCGGCCAUGUUCGGCCUGUCCAUCGUCGGCGUCUGCGACGAGUCCGAGGACUUCCCGCUCCACGUCUUCGGCGCGCUGCUCUACUUCGUCGGCUACGACGCCUUCAUCGCCCUCACGCUCCUCGGCGACCGGCUCCAGGGCGGCGUCCGCGAGGGCCGCGCGGCCUGGCACGCGGCCCGCGACGCCGUCGGCGUCGCCGCGCUCCUCGUCGGCGCCGCGCGCCGCGCCCUCGCGCCCCCGGCCGCGGCCGCGGGCCUCGGCGGCGUCCUCCCGAGCCUGCCGGCCCUCGCCGAGUGGACCGACGCGCUCCUCAUCAUCGCCUUCAUGCAGCUCGACGCGCACGUCCACCCGGAGUGCGCGGACUGCGUCGACGGCGUCACCGUCGCGCCGGCGCCGGCCGCCGCGCUCGCGACGCCGCUCCUCGCGGGCGAGGUCUAGCUCGCGAGCGCGCUCCUUUUUAAAGACGAAAAGCG